UCAUUCAUUAUCUCCAAGUCUCACAAUUCUCUCAAAUUCUUAAAACACAGCGAUUAAUUUAGAAUCAGAAAAUGGACGCAAGCACAAAGGUGAAGAAAGGAGCAGGUGGAAGGAAAGGAGGAGGACCAAGGAAGAAGUCGGUCACCAGAUCUGUUAGAGCCGGACUUCAAUUUCCCGUCGGAAGAAUCGGUCGUUUUUUGAAGAAAGGAAGAUAUGCCCAGCGUGUUGGUACUGGUGCUCCUGUUUACUUGGCCGCGGUUCUUGAAUAUCUUGCUGCUGAGGUUCUUGAGUUGGCUGGAAAUGCAGCACGUGACAACAAGAGGAAGAGUAUUAAUCCAAGGCAUUUGUUGUUGGCUAUUAGGAAUGAUGAAGAACUCGGUAAAUUACUUGCUGGUGUUACCAUCGCUCAUGGUGGUGUUCUUCCUAACAUCAACCCUGUUCUUUUGCCUAAGAGGACUGAAAAUGCUUCAAAGGAACCUAAAUCCCCAUCAAAGGCCAAGAAAUCUCCCAAGAAAGCUUAGAUAGAUUUACAGACUUUGAAUUAUGUUCUGUGUUGAUAUAUCUUAAUCUUAGUCUAGGCGUUACUCUAUCUUUUUCUCUAAUGUAUAACAAGCUAGCAAUGUAAUUCCUAAUGUCUCUCUUUGUCAUGAGUUAAUGAAAUCCUUUUAUAUUUAGUCCACACAAUACUUGCUGUUUGUUUA